CCGGCGCGCUCCCCCUGGCCCCCUCCCCUCCCCUCCGCCGCACUCACGCGGGCCCCCCACUCUCGUCUUCUCAUUCGCUUGCUCAUCUCCAAACGUGGAUCUGCGGUUCCCCGAGGAGCCCAGCGCCCGGAUCCCGCGCGCCCCGAGCAUCUGGAGUCCGGCCGGCGGCGGCCCGAGCCUGGCCAGCAGCGGCGGCAGCGGCGGCGGCGGCGGGAGCCCCGGGAGCCAGAGCCGGGACCGCGGGCACCGCGGGAGCCCCAGCGCCAGCGGCCGCCGCCGCGAUGUCCAGGCGAAAGCAGAGCAAACCCCGGCAGAUCAAACGGCCGCUUGAAGACGCCAUUGAAGAUGAGGAAGAGGAAUGUCCAUCGGAGGAGACAGACAUCACCUCCAAAGGAGACUUGCCAUUAGAGGAAAGCUUUCCCACAGAAUUUGGCCCUGAAAAUCUGAGCUGUGAAGAAGUGGAGUACUUUUGUAAUAAAGGAGAUGAUGAAGGAAUUCAGGAACAAGCAGAUUCAGAUGGGGACACACAGUCAGAGAAACCGGGACAAACUGGAGUUGAUACAGAUGACUGGGAUGGACCAGGUGAGCUGGAAGUGUUUCAGAAAGAUGGGGAGCGGAGGAUUCAGAGUCGGCAGCAACUUCCAGUGGGGACGACUUGGGGGCCAUUUGCUGGGAAGAUGGACUUGAAUAAUAAUUCCUUGAAGACAAAGACCCAAGUUCCAAUGGUGCUGACUGCUGGUCCCAAGUGGCUCCUGGAUGUGACUUGGCAAGGAGUGGAAGACAACAAAAACAACUGCAUUGUUUACAGCAAAGGGGGUCAGCUUUGGUGUACGACGACGAAGGCCAUCUCUGAGGGUGAAGAGCUAAUUGCCUUUGUGGUGGAUUUUGACUCAAGGCUACAAGCUGCCAGUCAGAUGACUCUCACAGAAGGGAUGUACCCUGCACGCCUGCUGGAUUCGAUUCAACUGCUUCCUCAGCAAGCUGCCAUGGCUUCUAUUUUGCCUACAGCUAUUGUCAAUAAGGAUAUCUUCCCUUGCAAAUCCUGUGGCAUCUGGUACCGUAGUGAGCGGAACUUGCAAGCCCAUUUGAUGUACUACUGCAGUGGAAGGCAAAGAGAAGCUGCUCCAGUGUCUGAAGAAACUGAAGACAGUACUCAUCAGAUUUCCAGCCUGUGCCCCUUCCCACAGUGCACCAAGAGCUUUUCAAAUGCUCGAGCUCUAGAAAUGCACCUGAAUUCACACAGUGGAGUGAAAAUGGAGGAGUUUCUCCCACCUGGUGCUAGUCUGAAAUGCACCGUCUGUAGCUACACUGCUGAUUCUGUGAUCAAUUUCCACCAACACCUGUUUUCCCAUCUCACUCAAGCUGCCUUCCGGUGCAAUCACUGCCAUUUUGGUUUCCAAACCCAGAGGGAGUUAGUGCAACACCAGGAACUUCAUGCCCCUAGCAGCAAAAUCCCUAGAGAAAGUGACAUGGAACACUCUCCAAGUGGACCAGAAGACAGCUUACAGCCAGCCACAGACUUGUUGGCCAGAAACGAACUCUCUCAGAGCCAAAAGGCUAUGCAGACUAAAGAUGCGAGCUCUGACACCGAGCUGGACAAGUGUGAGAAAAAGACUCAACUCUUCCUCACUAACCAGAGAUCAGAGAUACAACCAACAGCAAACAAACAGAGCUUUUCUUACACAAAAAUUAAGUCUGAGCCUUCCAGCCCAAGGCUUGCCUCAUCUCCAGUCCAGCCUAGCAUCGGGCCUUCUUUCCCUGUGGGCCCUUUCCUAUCUCAAUUUGCUUUUCCCCAAGAUAUCACAAUGGUACCCCAAGCUUCAGAGAUCCUAGCCAAGAUGUCUGAACUGGUGCACCGGCGACUGAGGCAUGGCAGUAGUAGCUACCCUCCUGUUAUUUACAGCCCUUUGAUGCCCAAAGGGGCCACUUGUUUUGAGUGCAACAUAACAUUUAAUAAUUUGGAUAAUUAUCUCGUGCACAAAAAACAUUAUUGCAGCAGCCGAUGGCAGCAGAUGGCGAAGUCUCCAGAGUUCCCCAGUGUUUCAGAAAAGAUAUCCGAAGCUGUGAGUCCCAACGCCGGCCAGACGUCCAUCAACCUUCUCAAUCCAGCCACCCAUUCGGCAGAUCCCGAUAACCCCCUUCUUCCAACGUCCUGCAUCAAUUCGUCUGCUGUGUUAGAUUUAAUUGGGCCAAAUGGGAAGGGCCAUGACAAAGACUUUUCCACCCAAGCUAAGAAGCUUUCCACUUCCGGUAGCAGUGAUGACAAAAUCAAUGGAAAACCUGUCGAUGUGAAAAACCCCAGUGUCCCCUUAGUGGAUGGAGAAAGUGACCCAAAUAAGACCACCUGUGAAGCUUGUAACAUUACCUUCAGCCGGCACGAGACCUACAUGGUUCACAAACAGUAUUACUGCGCCACCCGCCACGACCCUCCGCUGAAGAGAUCUGCUUCCAGCAAAGUGCCUGCCAUGCAGAGAACCAUGCGCACGCGCAAGCGAAGGAAGAUGUACGAGAUGUGCCUACCCGAGCAGGAGCAAAGGCCUCCCCUGGUCCCACAGCGAUUUCUUGAUGUCGCCAAUCUCAGCAACCCUUGCACCUCCACUCAAGAGCCCACCGAAGGGCUAGGAGACUGCUUCCACCCACGCUGUGAUAUCUUCCCAGGAAUCGUCUCGAAGCACUUGGAAACGUCCCUGACCAUGAACAAAUGUGUUCCGGUUUCGAAAUGUGACACGACACACUCCAGUGUUUCCUGCCUCGAGAUGGACGUGCCCAUCGAUCUCAGCAAAAAGUGCUUAUCCCAGUCCGAGCGGACAACCGCAUCCCCCAAAAGGCUGCUGGACUACCAUGAGUGUACUGUGUGCAAGAUCAGCUUCAAUAAGGUGGAGAAUUACUUGGCCCACAAGCAGAAUUUCUGUCCGGUGACGGCACACCAGCGCAACGACCUGACUCAACUCGAUGGCAAAGUGUUUCCGAAUCCCGAGAGCGAGCGGAACAGCCCCGAAGUCAGCUUCGAGAGAGGCAUCGUCAAAUCGGAGAAGAACGGGAACCCCAAGCAGCCUUCUCCCAACGGAAACUUGUUUUCAUCCCAUUUAGCCACCCUGCAGGGCCUGAAAGUCUUCAGCGAAGCUGCGCAGCUCAUUGCUACGAAAGAAGAAAACAAGCAUUUGUUUCUCCCACAAUGUCUUUACCCCGGAGCCAUAAAGAAGGCGAAAGGAGCUGACCAGCUUUCUCCCUAUUACGGCAUAAAGCCAACUGAUUACAUUUCUGGUUCUCUCGUCAUCCAUAACUCUGAUUUGGAGCAAAGCACAAAUGCGGAAAAUGAAUCUCCUAAAGGCCAGGCCUCCUCCAAUGGGUGCGCCGUGCCCAAGAAAGAUUCUCUCCCUUUGCUACCCAAAAACAGAGGCAUGGUCAUUGUCAAUGGUGGACUGAAACAAGACGAGAGACCCGCCGCCAAUCCACAGCAAGAGAACAUUUCCCAGAAUCCUCAGCAUGAAGAUGGUCACAAAUCUCCCUCGUGGAUCUCUGAGAACCCCUUAGCUCCCAAUGAAAAUGUGUCCCCAGGAAUUCCCACAGCAGAGGAGCAGUUGUCUAGUAUAGCAAAAGGAGUGAAUGGCUCCACCCAGGCCCCCACCAGUGGGAAGUAUUGCCGGCUGUGUGACAUCCAGUUCAAUAACCUUUCAAACUUUAUAACUCACAAGAAGUUUUAUUGUUCAUCACAUGCCGCUGAACACGUCAAAUGAACUGAUCGGAUACACCAACUUCAGUCACCUUUGGUACCAGUGUUUAGUUUGUUGUUCUUAACCAGUCCAGAACAAGAAAAUAAAAAAUAAAAAUAAAGCUGUUUGAAUUACAACUGGGCAAUCAGGAGAUAAUUCAUUAUGGCUGAGUUGAAGACUUAAGAUGUAAUUUCAUUACAGUCCAUUAGUAAAGUGUAUUAUUGGUGCCAUUUUCAGAAAAAAUUUAAUUUAUUUUACCAGCAGUAUUCAUAGCUGUGGUUAUGUUAUUUUUUAUUUAAAACUUUAUAUUAAAGUCAUUUGUAAUGUUAUUGUAUAGUUAUUGUGUAGCAGAUAUGGUUUGCACUGUAUAGUAGCUUUUAAAGAAACUAGUCACAAACAAUACAGAAAAGCAUUUUAGAAAUAGCUUCAAAAGCACUUGUGUAUCUUGAUUUUUUUUCUUCUAUGCUGUUGCCGAUCUAUGUAAAUGCUAAAAUAUAACUUGCAAAGAUGUUCUAAAUACACAUGCUAUAAGUUCGCCUUAAGAUUUCAAUUCUUGGAUAAUCAGGCUCCAUUUGCACUUUAUAUUUUAGCAGAUACGGUCUCUAGUCACUAGGCUUUGCAUUUGUAUGUAGCUGUACGUUUCUGUCCAUUUUCUUAAUCUUAAAACAUGUAUGUUAAUAUGUUAAAUGAAGAUGGCAAUUUUCUUCUUGUAUAGUACUUGUAUUUUCUUUCGCUGAUGCAGCUGUCUCAAUUUUUAAACCUUUGCUGUUGAACGCAAUACUUUAUAAAGAAUGAACAACAUUACUAGAAGCAGUAUUGUAAGUAAUGAAGUCGCAUUAAUCAGUUUUAUCUUUUGAAAGGCACAGUCUAAAUCAAAACCCUAAACUCAAUGCUGCAAGUAUGAAUUUAAUUCAUAUAUAAGAUCUAUUUAAAAAUAUAAGAGUAGCAAUACUGCACCUGGUGAUCACAAAGAUAAUGUUCUACUUCUGAUAGAAAUAAUUUCUCAACAAAUGUUGUUACUAUGCAUGUACAUGGAUGGAAUAAAAUUCCAGAUUGUUGGAGAAGUU